CGGGGAGCACGUGAGGGAGGACACCAACCGGAACUGCCCGGCCAAACGGUAAUUGCCGCGGCUACUAGCCCGCACAGGGGGACGUUGCGCGCAGGGCUUGGCGUAUAAUCCAGAAAUCUUCCACAAUGCUAGAGUCCUAUGUGACUCCCAUUUUAAUGAGUUAUGUGAAUCGCUAUAUUAAGAACUUGAAACCCUCAGAUCUGCAGCUGUCUCUAUGGGGAGGAGAUGUGGUUCUUAGCAAACUUGAAUUAAAGCUGGAUGUACUUGAACAGGAGCUGAAACUACCAUUUACUUUUUUAAGUGGACAUAUUCAUGAAUUACGAAUCCAUGUACCAUGGACAAAAUUAGGCUCAGAACCAGUUGUCAUCACUAUCAAUACAAUGGAGUGCAUCUUGAAACUGAAGGAUGGAGCCCAGGAAGACCAUGAAAGCAGUGGUUCCAGUUCAACGAACCUCAGUACUGCAGAGUAUGCAAAAUCAGCAGUAAAACAACGAAGAGUCCAGCAAACUUCUCCUUCUGAUCCUGAUUUACCUCCAGGUUACGUGCAGAGUUUGAUUAGGCGUGUAGUAAACAAUGUCAACAUUGUGAUCAAUAACCUCAUAUUAAAAUAUGUGGAAGAUGAUAUUGUUCUCUCAGUCAAUAUCACUUCUGCGGAAUGCUACACUGUCGAUGAAUUUUGGGAUCGUGCAUUUAUGGACAUCUCUGCAACUGAUCUAGUACUAAGGAAGGUGAUUAAUUUUUCUGACUGUACGGUAUGUCUUGAUAAGAGAAAUGCCAGUGGUAAAAUUGAAUUUUACCAGGACCCUCUUCUUUACAAGUGCUCCUUCAGAACUCGUCUGCAUUUUACUUAUGAUAACCUUAAUUCCAAGAUGCCGUCUGUUAUCAAAAUUCAUACAUUGGUUGAAAGUUUGAAGCUUUCCAUCACUGAUCAGCAGCUCCCUAUGUUUAUACGCAUAAUGCAGCUUGGAAUUGCUCUUUACUAUGGAGAACUGGGAAACUUUAAAGAAGGAGAAAAUGAAAACCUGGUUUGUAAUACUAAAGAUAUAUUGGGAAACAUCUCAGGUACAGAAGAUGAAACAGUUUCAGAUAUGCAAUAUUCUACCCAGUGUAUUAACCAAGAACCCUACAUGCAUCAAGAUGAUGAUCAGCAGCAGGGAUGGGUUUCCUGGGCCUGGUCUUUUGUUCCUGCUAUUGUGAGUUAUGAUGAUGGAGAGGAUGACUUCACUGGAACAGAAUGUGGAACUAUACUGCAUCAGCAGAAAUCCCAGGUCCUUAAGGAUCCUAUUAUUUCUGUUGGGUUUUACUGCACAAAGGCAACUGUGACAUUCAAGCUUACUGAAAUGCAAGCUGAAAGUAGUUAUUAUAGCCCUCAGAAAGUAAAAUCCAAAGAAGUUAUACGUUGGGAGCAAGAAGGAACCACAAUUGAGGUGCUUAUGAUGGGGGAACCGUUUUUUGACUGCCAAAUAGGUUUUGUUGGUUGCCAAGCAAUGUGCCUUAAAGGAAUAAUGGGGGUUAAAGACUUUGAAGAGAAUGUGAACAGAAGUGAUGAAGAUGCCUACUUCUUCAGUUGUGGAGAAAAUCUGAGUACAAAAGGCAUGACGUACCUUACCAAUUCACUAUUUGAUUAUAGAAGUCCAGAAAAUAAUGGUAUUCGUGCGGAAUUUAUUUUGGAUGCAGCUCAUCAUAAGGAGACAUACUCAGAGAUAGCUGGAAUGCAGAGGUUUGGUGCCUUUUACAUGGAUUACUUGUACACAAUGGAAAGCACCUGUGGCAAAGUUUCUGGAAAUCAGCAAGACCUUUCUUCAGCAAAGAGUGAAGAUUUUGUAAAUAUGCAGGAGAUGUCUACAAAAAGCCUAAUUGUAGGUCCACUUUAUCUUCGAUUGGAUAGCAGUGCAGGACACAGGAUUAUGAAAAUGAUAGCUUGUGCUGUGGAACAUGAAUAUGAGCCAUAUAACAAGCCCAAAGCAGAUAUUGUGGAAGGAAAUAAAACUACACCAAACUCAGAAGAAAAAACAUCUUUGGAGGAAUACGUUCCAACUCGACUUACAAGUUUUACCAUUCUUAAGUGCACCAUUACCGUCUCUAUGGCUGAAUUCAAUUUACUGGGCCAUUUGCUCCCUAUAAUAAUGGGACAGAAGAGUUCAUGUGGUUUGUUAAACGCUAUAAGCUUCCAGCCUUUAAGGCCUUUGCCUGCUAUUAGAAUAUUGGUGGACAAAAUUAACCUGGAACAUUCUGUGCCAAUGUACGCUGAACAACUUGUGCAAACGGUCAGCAGCCUUAGCCAGCCUUCUGAUAACCUGCUUCAUUACUGUUAUGCACACUGCUACCUUAAGAUAUUUGGUUUUCAGGCAGGACUGACUUCUUUGGACAUUAGAGGAUCAUACUGUUUACCUGCUUCAAUUAUCCCCUCUUUCAGUACUGCUGUUUAUGGCAAACUGCUUAAAUUUCCCAAAUAUUGGACCAAGCGAUCUCAUGUUCCACAAACAGAAUGCAUAUUUGAACUUCCAAAUCUGACAGUUCAAGCAACUAGAGCCCAGACGCUUCUGCUACAAACCAUUUAUCAGAGCUGGUUUCAUCAUGUUGGAAAUAUCAGUUCUGCUGUGGUAAAUGAAGUUUUGCUGAAUGAAGUCUUCCAAACAUUAGGUGUGAAAUCUAAGAAUCCCCUGCCAACUCUUGAGGGCUCAGUCCAGAAUGUUGAAUUGAAGUACUGCAGCACAUCAUUGGUCAAAUGUGCCUCUGGGACCGUGGGAUCAAUAAAAAUUUGCGCCAAAGCCCCAGGUGAUGGUGGAAAAGAGAAGCUGAUUCCUUUAGUUCAAGGCCCUUCUGACACCAGAGACCUACACAGCAGCAAAUGGCUCAAUGAAAGUAGAAAGCCAGAAUCUCUCUUAGCUCCAGAUUUGGUAGCUUUUACAAUCCAGAGUCCACAGUAUAUGGAUUACUGCCAUAAUUCUGGUGCUGUACUUUUGGCCAGUGUGCAGGGAUUAGCAGUCAAUAUUGAUCCAGUCUUAUAUACUUGGCUUCUGUACCAACCUCAGAAACGAAGUAGUAGACACAUCCAACAGCAGCCUGUAGGAGCUGUUUCUCUUGGCAUUCCAGUAACAAGAAAAAAAGAGGAUGAGGUAUCAGUUGGAAGCAUGCCUUUGGCAAAGCAGCAGUCAAAUCAAGCUUCUGAGUAUGCCAGCAGCCCUGUUAAAACAAAAACUGUAACAGAAUCUAGGCCUCUGUCGCUUCCACUGAAAGCCAUGUUGACCUCAUCUGAAACCAGCAGAAAUCCUGAAGAGAGAAUGAAAGAAUGUAUUGGGACAGUCUGGAAUGCUGUUAAAUGCCUUACACUUCAGCUUGAAGUGCAGUCAUGUUGUGUGUUUGUUCCAAACGAUAGCCUCCCUUCCCCAAGUACAAUUGUGUCCGGUGACAUUCCUGGAACUGUCCGAAGUUGGUACCAUGGACAAGCUGGUAUGCCUGGUACAGUUGUUCUUUGCUUGCCCCAGAUAAAAAUUAUGAGUGCUGGACACAAAUACAUGGAACCACUACAAGAAAUCCCUUUUGUUGUGCUAAGAUCAAUUCUCGAAGAAGGUGAUGCCUUCCCUUGGACAAUCAGUCUACAUCAUUUCAGUGUGUAUACUCUUCUUGGACAACAAAUGACACUUAAUUUAGUAGAACCCAUGGGCUGUACUUCUACUCUAGCUGUCACUUCACAAAAACUAGUUGCCUCAGGGCCAGAAUCCAGACACUCGUUUGUUGUCUGCCUCCACGUCGACCUUGAGUCACUAGAAAUAAAAUGCUCGAACCCCCAGGUACAGCUUCUGUAUGAACUGGCUGAUACCAUGAGCAAAGUGUGGAAUAAGAUUCAGAAAAAAGGGAUGCUGUAUCAGUCUUCUGUCUACACAGAAUCCAUUACAGGGCCUGCUCCUCCUACCUCUCCAAUUAAAAGUAGUGUUGGGACAGCUCCACCAGAUACCAGUACAUAUAGCCCAUCUGGUGACUUUGGAACCACUACAGAGGCUGAUUCUGUACAAGGUGGUGAUGAUUCACCAUUCUCAGACUCUGUUACCUUGGAGCAAACAACAAGUAACAUUGGAGUAUCAAGUGGACGUGUCAGUUUGUGGAUGCAGUGGAUGUUGCCAAAAAUUACUGUAAAACUAUUUGCACCAGAUCCUGGAAGCAAAGGCACAGAGAUUUGUGUUGUCAGUGAAUUAGAAGAUCUCAGCGCCUCAGUAGAUAUGCAAGAUGUAUACACCAAAGUUAAAUGUAAAAUAGAAAGCUUCAACAUUGACCACUACAGAAACAGCCUUGGGGAAGACUGUUGGUCUCUGGGGCAAUAUGGAGGUGUAUUCCUUUCCUGUACUGACAAGCUGAACAGACGUACCUUGUUGGUUCGACCCGUCAGCAAGCAGGACCCUUUCAGUAAUUUCUCUGGCUUCUUUCCUCCUACAACUGCAAAACUUUUAGAAGGGUCACACCAACAACAUGGAUUUCUCUCUCUCACUUAUACAAAGGCUGUGACAAAAAAUGUCCGGCACAAGUUGAUAUCAAGAAAUGAACGAAGAACUUUCUAUAAGCUAUCUGAAGGUCUUAAUGAUGGUUCUCCUCAUUUUCUUCAUGAGAUCCUUCUUUCUGCUCAGGCAUUUGAUGUUGUCCUAUGUUUUCCUUUGCUUAAUGCAAUUGCAAGUAUAUUUCAAGCAAGUCUGCCAAAGAAUCAAAAAGAGAAAAGCAAAUCACCUGGCCAACCCAUGAGGACUCAUACUCUAACAUCUCGGAACUUGCCUCUGAUUUAUAUCAACACAGGUGUAAUGAGAGUCUUCUUUCCCAAAACUGAGGAAAUGCAACAUGAUACAGGAGUUGAAGCUAAUCAGGCAAUAAAAGAAGACACUUUGAUUCUCAAGAUUGGGUCUGUCUCAAUGGCUCCCCAGGCUGACAACCCUCUUAGCAGAGCUAUACUCAGAAAAGAUAUUUACCAGAGAGCACUUAAUCUGGGAAUACUUCGGGACCCCGGAUCAGAGGUUGAAGACAGACAAUACCAAAUAGAUCUUCAGUCUAUCAACAUUGGUACUGCGCAGUGGGAUCAAUUGAAACCUGAAAAGGACAGUAGUAAAGGAGGUGUGCUGACAGAGAAUGAAAGAAAUUCUCAAAACCCAGCGCUUGAGUGGAAUAUGGCUAGUAGCAUAAGGAGGCAUCAGGAACGGAGAGCAAUUUUAACUCCAAUUUUAACAGAUUUCACAGUGCGAAUAACUGCAGCUCCUGCAAUCAUUUUCACAAAAAUAAUUUCACCCGAAAACUUGCACACAGAGGAUAUUUUAGUGUGCGGACAUUCUUUGGAGGUGAAUAUGACCACAAACCUGGACUUCUUCCUCAGCGUAGCUCAAGUACGACUUCUACAGCAGCUAGUACAAGCCAAUUUGAUUGGACUAGAGCCUUCUGACAAGGUCACUGAGGUAGGUUAUAUAACCUGUUUUCUUUUAGCAUUACUCUGGCUCACAUCAGACAUUUAUGUUGUUUGGUGGAAGAAAAAAACGUGUAAGUAAAUGAAUUAUUCACAUUAUUGUUUAUCAAGCUUUACGUAUACUGUAGACCACUGAUCUACAGUGGUUUCACACAGUUCCUCAACCAGGGGAUUCUCUGCCAGUCAGUAUGAGCUUUCAGGGUCCUCUUAAAUCACUUCAAUCCUUUUACCUUGUGUAACAGGACAGAGCACAAGUGAAGAUUUCACCCAAUUUUUAUGUAAGUGCUGACUCUGUUUGAUACUGUACAGAACACAGACGAAGAGAUAAUUUCUGCCCCUUACACCUUACCUGCUAAAUAGACAGUGUAUAAUGUACUGGGAGACCGAGAGGAAGGGUCCACAUAUGAGAUCCUCAUAAUGAGGUUGGCUUUUCUUAUAAUACAAAAAGUAUUAGGCUUCUCUUCCAAAUCUGAGACAAGAUAAUGUAGCAGUGAUCUGCCAGGUUUUUAAAGAAACAGAAGUCUUUGUUGUCUAACAGACAUGUGAUGCAUUCUGGAUAUAAUUUAUGUUCUGGAGAGAGUCCACAUGUGAAUUGCCAAUAACAAAGAUAGGCCCUCAUCCUGUUGCUUCAAGCAAUACUCAGAGCUCCACGGGCAUAUAAUGUUGAAAUGGACCAGGUGAAAGUCUGUCAUUUCACACUUUUUAAUGAUUCACAGCAUGAGGCAACUGGGAAACUUUUUAGUUCAUGUUUCUUGUUUAGCAUAUUUUGUUUCUCUUUAGAGACACCUGGAUAGAUCACAUGUAACCGAGUAAUAAGCAGAGGUCACUAAUAAAAAAUGCAUUUGUGCAGUCUCUAAAAUGAAGGAGAUGAGGGAAUACCUUGAAUUUCUUGAGGUUAUAGCUUAUAAGAAAUGUAAGUGUUUUACCUUCUGUUCAUCCCCUGCUAAACACAAUGGGAAGACUUGCCUUGAAAUGCAUCUGACAGAGUUUUUGUUAAGGAUCUGUCAAAGACAGUUUACAUUUAUGCUGAAAAAUUAGCUUGUAACUGAGGUUGUAGAACACUGGAGUUUUCUAAGAAUAUGAGACUAUAGUCUAAAGCAGCGGUGGACAACCUGCAGGCUAUCAGGUUAAUCUGAUUGCAGGCCAUACGACAUUUUCCCAACGUUGACUGUUCAUAGGCACUGCUCCCCACACUCCCAGUAGCCAUGGUUCUCUAUUCUCAGUCAAUGGGAGCAGAGAAGGCAGUGCCUGCAGACAGUCAACAUUAACAAAACGUCUUUCAGCCCACAGCUAGGUUAUCCUGAUGGCUCGCAUGUGGGCCACAGGUUGCCCACAACUU